AUGAAUCGUGCGGGCGGUUCGCCCAUUGCGGAUCCUUUUUUUCGCCAUGGCCUUCAGGCUGAACGUAGAACGAAACUCGAAACCGGAGGGAGCGCGCCUGACACACCGAACAAGUCAGCGUGGCUCUCCGGAGUGUUGCAGUCAAUCCAGAUCAAAGACUACCUGCCGCGUGAAACCGAAGCUGUGGAAAACGUAGCGGGAUAUCUGUACCUUGGGAGCACGUGCCUACGUUCGGAUGGGCGGCAAAUCAUGUCACGAGGCGUUGUCGCGUUGGCAUCGGUGGCGAGCAAGAAACGAUUCAAGCUCUGGAUGGACAGUGAGGUUGGCAAGGGCACCAAGCUGCGGAUAUACAGGGCACGGCUUCUCCCGGCGUUGUUUUCGAUACAGUUCGACAAGAAGAUGCGUCUUCCUUAUAAACUAUUAGCUUUUAGCAGGAAAUGCGGCAAUUUGGCCGAAACUUCAUCAUCAUCACCACCUCCAUCGCCGUCGCCAUCAUCGACAAUCAGCCCGUCUGUCUGGGUGUCCAUCCGUCUGUCUUUCAGUCAGCUAGAAAUGACAAUGGUCAAUCUGUGGUCGCGUGAUUGUAAGGGUACACUCAAAAGACGAAUUAAUGUCUAUGAGGAAGAUCGAGACGAAAAGCAUCGACUGGCGAUUCGCAGAAGAAGCCGAGUGUUCGGCGACGAAUUGCUUGUUCCACACCUGGCCAAGACUUUAUCCAUUAUCCUUGAUGUCUAA